AUGGGGACCCCCGACCUUGCCUGCGAAAAUCAACCCCAUGUCAAAAAUAAACAAGGUGACAUACGGGGAACUACAAAAUCAAGCAAACAAACGCUACCUACCUCAGCAGCUUGGGCGACCCGCUCGGCAGCCUGCGUCGCCGCCUCAGGGGCAUUUCCUGCCUACAAAAAACUGCCCCAGAUUAAGGCUGCUGUUUCUGCGCUUUGGAAUACUCGUGGCUUGAACUGGCCUUCUUCAGUCGAGCAACACAGGCAUAAAACCGGAGAUCUAGACAUGCUUGAUUGGCUCAAAGCCAUGUUUGGUUUCCAGAGGGACAACGUCAGGAAUCAGAGAGAGCAUCUGAUUUUGCUUCUAGCUAACUCUCAUAUAAGGAGCACUUAUAAAAGGGUAGAGGAGAGAGAAAAAGUUGCUCCUGAGAUUAUCGCGGCUGCCAGAGAUGUCCAGGCGAAGACGGAGAUUUAUACGCCUUACAAUAUUCUUCCUCUGGAUGCUGCUGGUGCUUCCGUGCCUAUUAUGCAAUUUGAAGAGAUUAAGGCUGCUGUUUCUGCGCUUUGGAAUACUCGUGGCUUGAACUGGCCUUCUUCAGUCGAGCAACACAGGCAUAAAACCGGAGAUCUAGACAUGCUUGAUUGGCUCAAAGCCAUGUUUGGUUUCCAGAGGGACAACGUCAGGAAUCAGAGAGAGCAUCUGAUUUUGCUUCUAGCUAACUCUCAUAUAAGGCUACACCCUAAACCCGAGCCUUUCAACCUGCUUGAUGAUCGUGCUGUGGAUUCAGUGAUGAAAAAUCUCUUUAAGAAUUACAAAACAUGGUGCAAAUUCUUGGGACGAAAACAUAGUUUAAGACUUCCUCAAGGACAGCAAGAGAUACAGCAGAGGAAGUUGCUUUAUAUGGGCUUGUAUCUUCUUAUCUGGGGUGAAGCGGCCAAUGUUCGCUUCAUGCCAGAGUGUCUAUGCUACAUAUUUCACAAUAUGGCAUAUGAACUGCAUGGUUUAUUGGCUGGAAAUGUCAGCAUUGUUACCGGUGAAAAUAUCAAGCCUUCUUAUGGUGGUGAUGAUGAGGCAUUCCUUCUCAAGGUUAUAACUCCCCUGUACAGAGUAAUUGAAAAAGAAGCCAAGAAGAGCAGACAUGGAAAGGCUCCACACUCAGCAUGGUGCAACUAUGAUGAUCUAAAUGAGUAUUUCUGGUCAUCUGAAUGCUUUUCUCUUGGAUGGCCCAUGCGUGAUGAUGGUGAAUUCUUUAAAUCAACAAGUGAUUUAACACAGGGAAGAAAGGGUGCUCCAAGACAAUCUGGAAAAACUUGCAAAUCAAAUUUUGUUGAGACACGAUCAUUCUGGCACACCUUCCACAGCUUUGAUCGUAUGUGGACCUUUUUCUUACUGGGUUUGCAGGUGAUGUUCAUUAUGGCUUGGGAAGGGAUUUUGCUAUCAGAUAUAUUUCAGAAGGAUGUCUUAUAUAAUCUCUCAAGUAUAUUCAUCACAGCAUCCAUUCUGCGCUUGCUUCAAAGUAUGAUAUGUUCACUUAAGUUGCUCUUGUUUAUGUAAACUUAUCACCCUCUACUAUCAGGAUCUCUAGUAGCAAUCAUUUUAUAUUGAUGGUCUGAUUAUCUUAUUAGUUCAAAAAGCUUGACAUUUCAUAUACUGGAAGUUGCAUGAAAAUGUCAUAUGAGCAGUACAAACUUCAUAAGUGAUAUGAGAAGCAAGAUAGCGCUGAAUUAUAUUUUGGUUUUUUGGCAUGACAAAUUCCACCUGAAAUUGAAGAAUGUUGUCAGGGUUCUUUGCCUCCUUCAUUUCCCUGUUAGGCAAGUCAGGUGCAUGCAUGAGUUAUUCCUUGCACAUCUUUCCUAUCAAUUUUUAAGUUUUUUAUUCAGAAAAGAAAUU